AGUCCAAAGCGUGCUUCACAUCAGACAGAUUAGCAGCCGGCACGCCGAAAAGAACAGGCUAAAGGAAAGAGACUAGAAACACAUUUAAGAAAAAGAACAAAGAUAAAAGAACAAGUCAUGGAAGAUGGAGGAGAUGUGGAGACAUUUGCUUUUCAAGCAGAGAUUGCUCAGUUGAUGAGUUUGAUCAUCAACACCUUCUAUUCCAACAAGGAAAUCUUUCUCCGUGAAUUGAUCUCCAAUUGUUCUGAUGCUCUUGACAAAAUCCGCUAUGAAAGCCUCACUGAUCCAUCAAAACUGGAUUCAGGCAAAGAUCUAGAAAUAAAGCUUGUUCCCAACAAAGAUGACAACACUCUUACCAUUAUGGAUACAGGAAUUGGAAUGACCAAGGCCGAUUUGGUAAACAAUCUUGGAACCAUUGCUCGCUCCGGUACCAAAGCUUUUAUGGAGGCCUUGCAAGCUGGUGCAGAUAUUUCCAUGAUUGGACAAUUUGGUGUAGGUUUCUAUUCUGCCUACCUGGUUGCCGACAAAGUCGUGGUUGAGACAAAGAACAACGACGAUGAACACUAUGUCUGGGAAUCAUCAGCUGGUGGAUCUUUCACUGUCAGAAGUGGAGAUGGCUCUUUCAACAGAGGCACAAAAAUCACCUUGCACAUGAAGGAAGAUCAAGCUGAGUAUCUUGAGGAAAAGAAGGUGAAAGAAAUUGUCAAAAAACACAGUCAGUUCAUUGGCUACCCAAUUAAGCUGCAAGUAGAAAAGGAAAGGGAUGUAGAAGUGUCCGAUGAUGAAGAAGAAGAAGAAAAGAAAGAAGAGGACAAAGAUGCUGAAAAAAAUGAAGAUGAGAAGCCAAAAGUGGAAGACUUGGAUGAUGAAGAUGAUGAUGAUGAAGAUAAAUCAAAAGAUAAGAAAAAGAAGAAGAUCAAGGAAAAGUAUAUGGAGGAUGAGGAAUUGAACAAAACAAAACCAAUCUGGACCCGAAACCCUGAUGACAUCACACAGGAGGAGUAUGGGGAGUUCUACAAGUCUCUCACUAAUGACUGGGAGGACCAUUUAGCUGUCAAGCAUUUCUCUGUGGAAGGUCAGCUUGAAUUUCGAGCAUUGCUGUUUGUUCCAAGGAGAGCACCAUUUGACCUGUUUGAGAACAAGAAAAAGAAGAACAACAUCAAGUUAUAUGUAAGGAGAGUGUUUAUUAUGGACAAUUGCGAUGAGGUCAUUCCAGAAUACCUCAACUUUGUCCGUGGUGUGGUCGACUCUGAAGAUCUGCCAUUGAACAUUUCAAGAGAAAUGCUUCAACAAAGUAAAAUCCUUAAAGUCAUCAGAAAGAACUUGGUAAAGAAGUGCAUGGAGCUCUUUGAUGACAUUGCAGAGGACAAAGAGAAUUACAAGAAAUUCUACGAACAAUUCGCCAAGAACCUGAAACUUGGAAUUCAUGAAGAUACAACAAACAGGAAGAAAAUAGCAGAUUUCCUCCGAUACCAUACAUCUCAGUCUGGGGAUGAAAUGACCUCACUCAAGGAAUAUGUCUCCAGGAUGAAGGAAAACCAGAAGAGCAUUUACUACAUCACAGGUGAGAGCCGAGAGGUUGUCCAAAGUUCAGCAUUUGUAGAGAAUGUCAAGAAGAGGGGUAUUGAAGUGAUCUACAUGGUGGACCCUAUUGACGAAUAUGCAGUACAACAACUGAAGGAAUAUGAUGGAAAGACCCUGGUGUCCGUAACAAAGGAAGGCUUGGAAUUACCAGAGGAUGAAGAGGAAAAGAAGCGAUUUGAGGAAGCUACAGCUGCAUAUGAGGGACUUUGUAAAGUAAUCAAAGAAAUCCUGGACAAGAAAGUUGAAAAGGUAACUGUUUCUAACCGACUUGUCACAUCACCUUGCUGUAUUGUAACAAGUCAGUAUGGUUGGUCUGCAAACAUGGAGAGGAUCAUGAAAGCUCAGGCUCUCAGGGAUUCAUCCACUAUGGGAUACAUGGCUGCCAAGAAACAUCUAGAGAUAAAUCCUGACCAUGCCAUCAUCAAGUCCUUAAAAGAGAAAGCUACAGCUGAUAAAAAUGACAAAUCUGUGAAAGAUUUGGUUCUGCUGCUGUUCGAAACCUCAAUGCUUGCAUCCGGAUUUUCUUUGGAGGAGCCCGGAACUCAUGCAAACAGAAUCCACAGGAUGAUCAAACUUGGUCUCGGAAUCGAUGAUGAUGACGCUGGAGCACCAGAAACAGACGAGAAUACAGAAGAGCCUCCACCAUUAGAAGGGGAUGAAGAUGAUGCUUCAAGAAUGGAAGAAGUAGAUUAAAUAGUCAUAAUUAAAUCUUCAGCAAUGGACCAUAGAGCAGAUGUUAACACAAAAUAUCAGGAAUACCUGUUUGGCAUUUACAAUAAUGCAGACUUGUGGUUUCUUCUAGCUAUAAAUAGACAUUCCAUCUUGGAACUAUUAAUUUGACAUUAGUAAUGCACAAUUUUAGUUUCAAGAUAAAGAUUGUGAGAACAUAACAUCUUGAAGGAAGAAGCAACAUGAUCAACAAUACCUUUAACAUUAAGUUCAGAAUUCAUCCUCCAUAACUUACCAUCAUUACCGUCAUUUUCCUCGUUUUGUCAUGUCAUUAUUUUUUUAUAAGUUGUCGGCUGUUAUGUGUUUCAAAAAAAAAAACGAUAAAUAAAAAGAGCAAAAAAAGUGAAAACAUA